AUGGUGCAACAGACGCGCCCAAACAUCCCCAGCUGCCAAACCGACCAAAAGUCUCUGCUCGGCCUGGCCCUAAACAUGACCUCAACACAGUCGCAUUCGCACCUAUCACCUGAGAAAUUGAUAUUGCCUAUGCGCUUUAGAUUAUGCUCCAAGGCAGGCGACGUGCUCGUGCGGUCGGCGGGAAAGGGAGUUCCAGAGUCUCCAGCCAAGUUCAGCUUCCGAGCGCUCGUGACAGCCGACACAUGUGAAAGCUGCUUUGUUCUUUUCAUGUAUACCGCCGGCGUCUCAGCAUACGUAUUCGCGGGCAACGUGUGGUUCAGAAACAAGGAGGACUUCGAGCCGCCGACGCAGACCCGACGACUGAAGUUGUGCCGAAGUUACAAUGCACUGGCCGUCCGCGAGUUUGACAUCAUGAUCUGCCGCCACGAGCAACCGUGGAAGUUUGACAAGUACUUCGUGUCACCUGUGCAGAUCUUCAUGUUCACUGAGAGGUUGAACCCUGCUUUCAAGCUGAGGUGCCAGGUGGCCGGCUUUGGGAGGAAGGAGACCGGCCUCGCGGUGGGCUACCUGCAUGCCUACCGGCAGGUCAUGGAGACCUGGAGGGCCUGCCGAGAUUUCGCUAGCGAGCAGUUCAUGUGUACCACGGACACUAGCAACAAGACGAUGUGCAGCGGCGAUGCGGGAGGGCCUGUGGUGUGCCUUGUGAAUCGGCGUGUCCAGCUGUUCGGCCUGUUGUCGGCUAGCUCUGCGCCGGAAGAAGAGUGUUGUGAGACGCCGGUAGCGUGGAACUUAGUCACCUUCCUCGGAUUCUUCCGGAGCUGGCUUAAGUGGAAUAUACCAGAUCUACCCUCCGAAGAGCACUUCAUCGACGUUCCUGCGAUCACUCAUCCAACAAAAAGUAGUACAGCUCACAGUCCCAGUACGGUUCCCAUCUACAUUACAGCUGCCACUCACGCUACGGCUCCCAGUCAUGCUACGGCUCCCAGCCACAGUGAGACUCAGCAGCAUUUCUAUCCUGAUACGGGGAAGGUGCAAGAGCAACUACAAAUGUCAGAUUCGUAACGCUCCCAGAGCAUGCUCCAAUGAUAUAUUACUAGCUGUAUAAAGU